AUUCACACCAUAGGCAGCAGGGUCUCAAGAAGGAUCAUGGCAAAGGGCAGUCUUUCCUUGAAUUGGAGCCUUUUGGUCCUGCUGAAUUUUCUGGGGGCCACACUGUCAACUGGUACAGACUCUCUAAGUUGUGAAUUAACUUUCAACUAUCGUACUCUACAUGGACAGUGCUCAGUGAAUGGAAAGACUCUCCUUGAUUUUGGUGAUAAAACACAUGAGGGAAAUGCUACUAAGAUGUGUGCUGAUUUGUCCCAAAGCCUGACAGAGAUUUCAGAAGUGAUGUGGAACCUGCAAUCAGGUAAAGAUGCCUUGAAUGUCACCACAAAAGCUCAGUAUAAUCAAGGAGAAUUCAUUGAUGGAUUCUGGGCCAUCAACACUGAUGAACAGCGUAGCAUCUACUUUUAUCCACUUAAUAUGACCUGGAGAGAGAGUCAUUCUAAUAACAGCAGUGCCAUGAAGCAUUGGAAGAACAAGGACCUAGAAAAAGAUAUCAGGAAUGUCCUCAUCGUAUAUUUCAGUCGCUGCCUCAACAAAUCGUCGCCACACUUUAGAGAAAUGCCAAAAUCAACAAUAAAGGUGCCGGAAACCAUCCAGCGUACAAAUGCCACUCAGAUUCAUCCUACAGUGAAUAACUCCCAAUAUAAUUCUGACACCCAGGUUCUGAGUGUCACCGGGAUCGUGACUAUAUGUAUAGUAAGAGUGUCUAUCAUGGCACUCAUGGUGUUCGCUUGGUAUAUGCUGAAGAAAAAAAAAAAAGGUGCUCUCUGCUGCUCCUCUUCCUCUACAACCUGAUCAGCAGUUCUCAUCACAAGCUGUGUUGGGGAGAUUCUUGAACAUUGCCUGUGCAUCUUCAGCAAAGAAAGCAAACAUAUUUCUGUUGGAAUCUGGGAAA